UAGUAGUUAUUAAAUCUGCGUUGACUCCUCAUCCUCAUCAAACCCCACUUUGAACACCUCUCCCCUCCCCCAUUUCCAAUUAUGCCCCUCUCCGCCGCUCUCUGACUCCUCCUCCACCUCCACCUCCACCACCACCACCACCACCACCACAACAAGUCAGCCGAUUAGUGUCAGCUUCAUCAUUUGAGGGCGCAAAAAGAGAAAUGAAGAGGCUGAGAUCCAGCGAGGAUCUCGAUUCUCACGGCAAGGAUCCGAAUCCCAACCCGAGCCUAAGCCCCAGCCCAAACCCCUAUCCCAGCCGGACCUCGUCUUCUUCCUCCCACCGGAGCUUCUACUACAACAAACCCGACGCCGUCCGCAAAGGCUUGCUGUCCCACUCCUCGUCGGCCUCGUCUUUGGCCGCCAGGAGGGCAGAUGACGAUCGGGACGCCGCCGGCGGAGGAGGGUCGAGGAUGGUGAGGAAGAGGCCGGCCGAGCAUGAGUUGGAGCGGAGGAAGGGGGUUGAUAGGUACGGAAGAGACGCCGGAGGGUACGAUCGGAGUACGAUGCACCGGUCGGAGAGCUUUAGCGGCGGGGCUUCGAGGAGGGGGUCCGAGUUUCCCAAAGGGUUCCGAUCGGAGAGGGACCGGCCGCGGCGGGAAGGGAGCGUGCUGUCGUCGUGGCGGCGGUUCGGGAAGGAGUUUGAGGAAGGGAGGAGCUCUAGUAGGUUGGAGGAGAGAGGCAAAAGCGGCGGAGGAUUGAGGGACAUCCGGUCGCCGUCGUGGUCCAAUUCUAGGGAUUCCGGCAGCGAGCAGUCGCGGGUCAGGUCUCCGCCGCGGCGAUUUAAGGAUGAGACUUCCAAGUCGAAAUCGCCGACUUGGUCGAAGGACUCUGUUGGGAGUGAGCGGUCCAAGAGUGUUGAGGUUAAGAAGAGUGAGCCUCAGACUGCGCUGGAGCCGGAGCCGGAGCCGGAACCUCAGAGGGAGCCUGAGGCCGAGGCGGUGGCGGAGGAGGCCCAGGGGGAGAGUGGAAGUAGGACCAGUAGUGAAAUGGAGGAAGGAGAGCUGGAGCCUGAAGCUGAAGCUGAAGCUGAAGUGGGAGCCGGGGAUGGAGGUGAAGAGCCAAAAGCGGGAGUGCUGGAAGCUGGAGCUGAAGUGGAAGAAGGGCGAGUUGGGAUUGGGAGCGAAAACGAGGACAAAGAUGAGUCAUUGGAUAAACAAGCAUGUGAGGGGAAAGAAUCCGAGGAAAACAAGGACAAUGAGUCGCCUUCCGGGGAGCGGGAAGACGCAUUCAGUGGAAAAGAAUCGGAGGUAGACCUUCAACUUCAAGUGAGGCCUGAGGAUGAUGAAAUGACAGAGUCAGAUAGGGAGAUGACGGAGGAGGACACCGGAGUUCAUACACUGGAUCUGAGUGCGGAUUUGACUCGCACUUUCAAGGACAAGGGGAAAAGCGUGGCGCAUCCAGCAGAACAUAGUGGAUGGGCUGAGAGAGAAUCCAGACAACUACUGGCUGGCAUGGAUAAUGAUAUGGAAGGACCGAGCACUAGGGCUUUCGACUUGUUUACAUCUUCUCCUGUUAGGAGGCAGGAGAAACCUGAUUCGGGUGUUAAUGUUAAGGAUGACAAGUUGGUACUGGAGCCACUUGAUCUUUCACUCAGCUUGCCCAACGUUUUGUUACCUAUUGGUGCCCCUCCUGGUUCUCCUGAUCAACCAUUGAGCGUUCAGUCUUUAUCUAACACUUUCUGUACCAACUCGGAUGGAUUUACUCAAUCUGUAUCCUUUUCAGGUUCUCAGUCGUUUUAUCACAAUCCUAGCUGUUCUCUAACCACCCAGAACUCGAUGGACUUUGAGCAAUCGGUUAAAAGUCGUCCCCUUUUCCAGGGUAUUGAUUGGCAGGCACUAGCCCAGAACGAGGCUAAGAAUAAGGAGCUUCCAUUUUAUCAGAAAACCGGGAUCACCGGCAAUGGUUCUUAUCCUCAGUUUGGUGUUACAAAUGGUCAAUCUGUGCAAGGGCAACAAAUUAGACAUCCGGAAGGAAGCUCUAAAGGGGCUAAUGGAUUUGAAAGGCAGCUAAGCUUCCAUAAGCAGUUGUCAGGAGGGCAACCAAAGCACCAUGAGGAUGUUAGAUCACCACCUUCACACAGUGUUGGAUCUCAUGAAAUGGGAUCAAAUUAUAGUUUUGACAGGGAACGACUAGUGAGAGAGAAUAGUAGUGGUAGUUUAUAUAGGACUAGCAGCCAGAAGGAAAAAGAGAAGUUGCUCAUUGGCGGGUCUGUUGAGACGAUCAUUGCCCGGAUAGUAUCUGAUCCAGUACAUGUAAUGGCCAAGAAGUUUCAGGAAAUGACAGGGCAAUCCGCAGCAUGUGUGAAGGAGAGCAUUCGCGAGAUUAUGUUAAAUGUGGAUAAGCGAAUGCAACUAGUUGCAUUUCAGAAGGCACUACAGAACAGGUCAGACAUAACCUUGGAGAUGCUACUAAAAGCCCACCGGGCACAAUUGGAAAUCUUGGUUGCUCUCAAGACUGGUCUACCGGAAUAUCUUCAGCAAGAGAGCAGUGUGUCAUCUUCUGAUUUGGCUGAGAUUUUUCUGUACUUGAGAUGCAGAAAUCCUUCCUGUCGAAGUCCUGUGCCUGUGGAUGAAUGUGAUUGCAAGGUCUGUUCGCAAAAGAAUGGUUUUUGCAGCAGUUGCAUGUGUCUCGUGUGCUCAAAGUUUGAUAUGGCCUCAAAUACAUGUAGUUGGAUUGGGUGUGAUGUUUGUCUUCAUUGGUGCCAUGCUGAUUGUGCAUUGCGGGAAUCUUAUAUUAGAAAUGGACGCAGUGCAACUGGAUCCCAAGGGACUGAGAUGCAAUUUCAUUGUGUUGCUUGUGACCAUCCUUCUGAGAUGUUUGGCUUUGUGAAGGAGGUUUUUCAGAGUUUCGCCAAGGACUGGACGAUUGAAAAUCUUGCCAGGGAACUUGAAUAUGUUAAGAGAAUUUUCGUUGUCAGCAAGGACAUGAGAGGUAGACAGCUGUAUGAAAUUGCUGAUCAGUCACUUGUCAGAUUGGCAAAUAAGUCUGGCCUUCCAGAGGUUUACAGUUACAUAAUGGCGUUUCUUGUGGAUGCUGACAGUUCCAAGUUAAGCAAAACACCCAUUUUAUCUGGGAAGGAUCAAGGUAAAGGAGGCAGUGGUAUUGCUGGGCCAAGCCAGGAACCAGCAUGGCUAAAGUCUGUGUAUACAGAAAAGGCCCCUCAGUUGGAAUCUGCUACCAGCAUUCUUCCUAGCUUCAACUAUGACCAGCAUGAUAAGCGCAUUAUGGAGUCAGAUAUGCACAUGAGUUCUCUAAAAGAACCUGUUUUUGAUGAGUUAGAGAGUAUUGUGAGGAUGAAGCAGGCCGAGGCUAAAAUGUUCCAAACACGUGCGGAUGAAGCAAGAAAAGAAGCCGAGGGUCUGAAACGCAUUGCACUGGCAAAGAAUGAGAAAGUUGAAGAAGAAUAUAGGAGUAGAAUAACAAAGCUCCGUUUCAUUGAGGCUGAGGAAAUGCGGAAACAGAAGCUUGAGGAACUGCAGUCUCUGGAUCGAGCUCACCGAGAAUAUUCCACAAUGAAGAUGAGGAUGGAAGCGGAUAUUAAAGAUCUUUUAUUAAAAAUGGAAGCAACAAAGCGAAACCUUUCCUUGUGAUUUGCAAGGUGAACAGGAUUUGCUUUAGAAUUUUAUCGGUACGGCAGGUAAUUCUAACCUUGUGUCGGCUGAUAAUUGUAUGUUGUACUAUUAUAGAAUUACGGCUCCAAUUUGAUGCAGCUGAUGAUCUUUAGGCUUUACUUUCAUGGUAGCUCCUGUUGUAUUUGUACUCGUUUUGUUGUAUCUGUAUUUGCACUCACUGCCAACCAGAAUCUGUACAGAGUGCCUCAUCUCCAGUUAUGUUAGUUGUUCUCCCCUAAUGGCUUAUA